UGAGAGGAGACAGAGAAGUCAAAAAGCAGGAGAAAGAUGCUAAGAGAGGCUGAAGAAGUGAAGUCUGGCUUUUGCUUUGGAACAUGAACUCUUGUUCUUUAUACCACUGUGCUCUGCACACCCUGAGUCUGGCAGUGCUUGUUGCUGGAAAUGUCCACCCAGAAUGUGAUCUGAUGGUAGAGCUGAAGAAAAAGGAGGCUGAGUGUCUGGAGGCCCCACAAGAGCGUGGAAAUUCAACAUCACCAGGUUGCAAGAGAACUUGGGACAAAUUGCUGUGCUGGCCAGAGGCAGAUGCUGGAGAGAUUCUUGCCUUACCGUGUCCAAACAUCCUCUUUCACUUCAUGAAGGAGCCAGCUGGGAUGGUAAAAAGAAACUGCACAAAAAAAGGCUGGUCUGACCCAUUCCCUCCCUACCAUGUGGCCUGUCCUGUAGAAGAUGAAAUUCCUCUUGAAGAACAAUCCUACUUUUCUACUAUAAAGAUCAUCUACACCGUGGGAUACAGCGUGUCCAUCACCUCCCUCAUCAUUGCUGUGACAGUUCUUAUUGCAUUCAGGAGGCUUCGCUGUCCCAGGAAUUAUAUCCAUGUGCAGCUCUUUUUUACAUUUAUCUUAAAGGCUAUUGCCAUUUUCAUUAAGGAUGCUGUCCUUUUCCAGGAGGAAGGCAUUGAUCAUUGCAGCUUCUCUACAACUGAAUGCAAGAUCUCUGUGGUUUUCUGCCACUAUUUCAUGAUGACCAAUUUCAUGUGGCUGCUGGUGGAGGCUCUUUACCUAAACUGCCUGCUGCUCUCAUCCCUUUCUCAUGGAAGAAGAUAUUUUUGGUGGCUGGUUCUCUUUGGCUGGGGUUUUCCAACACUUUUCACCCUUAUUUGGAUAUUAGCAAAAUUCUACUUUGAAGACACAGCAUGCUGGGAUAUUAAUCAAGGCUCUCCCUACUGGUGGCUAAUCAAAGGACCAAUUAUAAUUUCUGUGGGGGUCAAUUUUGUCCUAUUCAUCAACAUCAUCAGAAUUUUGCUGAAAAAACUAGACCCUAGACAAAUCAACUUCAAUAACUCUUCUCAGUACAGACGUCUCUCAAGGUCCACUCUGCUUUUAAUUCCAUUAUUUGGAACCCAUUACAUCGUCUUCAACUUCCUCCCAGAAUAUACCAGCCUGGGGGUUCGGCUUUACUUAGAGCUCUGCAUUGGAUCUUUUCAGGGGUUUAUUGUGGCAGUUCUCUACUGUUUCCUGAACCAAGAGCCUUUUCCUUUGUUCCUGAGGUGCAAACGGAAAUCGGCCGGAGGUGGCACGGGAAGAGAUAUGGACUCGUGCCAGAGUGGAGGAGGACCAGGUGGACUGUGCCAUCCAGCUCUGGGGUGAAAAUGACCACAUCUGUGUGCUGAAAAGGGUCCCAGGACCUGGAGGGAAGAAAAAAACCAAACCAACCAACCAAACAAUAAACAAACUAAAUUGUAUCAAAUGUAACGACUGUAGUUUAUCCUGAGCAAGCUGGAGGAGGAUCCACUUCUACAGUUCUGACCAUGAGGCUUCUUUUGCAGGACAAGCAUUGCAGUGACAGAUUAAACCCUGACUGACCGUCUAAACACAAAAUAACCCUCUCACUGAUAACUCUGCAUCACGGAAAGCACAAAAAAAUCACCUAUUCUGGUUCAUUUCUACACUUUCACUGAUAGAGCUUAGGCAUGUUCACCAAUAGCGCCCUCCGGUGACUCCAUAGGUGACCACCUCUGGAAAUCAGAAUUCAAUCCUCGUGCUAUAGGAGCCGGAGUCUUAUCUAGCUUGUCCAGUCUUCAUUCAUGUUUUGGUUCUGCAGACAUGCAAACAAGAAGCCAAACAUCUUAAUAAACUCUAACACAAUGACUAAAAGUCCUCUUGUGUUGUCUUUUUAUAUUGACUCUUUAGUAGCAAAAAGAUCCAAUUUCACGAUAUAAGACUCGCAGGUUCUGAAGUUAUUUCAGGAGCUCCAGGUUAGAAAAAAAAGUAGCAGAAAGGGGAGGCAUUGGGAAGGCCAAGGCUCCAUAUGAUAAUCGUUAAGGAAAUUCUUUGCAAGGAAAUGAAAAAGAAAAGACAAUUUUUGCACAGAAAGAGAAUGAGACCCCCAGGAGAUGGACCAGGAGACUGCUGGGAGUACUGCUAAAUAUUUUCUUAUGUGUGACUGGUUUUGCUCUCCAGUGUUGUAAAACAUUCAGAAGCUUGAAAAUAAACUUGGAUUCCCAGUGUUUGUACUUGA